AUGAAGAGAGCAGCAGAUGAAGAUGAAGUUGAAAUGGAUGAUGAUGUAGAAGAUCAAUCGGCUAAUACAACUGCAGCAGCGACAAAGAAGAAGAAGAAACAGGUAAAGAAAAAGUCAAAGCCAGUACCUCUGACCAAGUCGGUUCCAUCGGCAUCGGCAGCAGCACCACCAAAACCAAUACAUAUGGUACCGAAACAAAUGCAACCAAUCACCAAAGUACACUUUAAUGACAUCGGUCAGAACGCUGCCACCAAUAGCGAUCACCGUGUCGAAGCCGACGGUGUCAUGUCGUGGUUGCUCGGUUCAAAGGUGUCACUCGAUGAGUUCUACGACGACUAUUUCGGUGUGAAGCAUCUCGUUGUGAAACGUGGUGACUCGAACUACUACAAGUCGUUCUUCACCAAGGAUUCAAUCGAUAAGAUGCUCAAGAGCAACUGUCUCAAGUUCAGCGAGAACAUCGACGUCACCAACUAUGUUGAUGGCGAGCGUCAAACUUUGAAUCCAGAGGGUCGUGCUUACCCCGCUCAAGUAUGGAAACACUACCGUGAGGGAUGUUCGAUCCGUCUUCUCAAUCCACAGACAUUCAACGCCAACGUCUGGAGAGUUCUCUCCACACUACAAACUCACUUCCAAUGCGGAAUGGGUGCCAAUGUCUACCUAACUCCAGCUGGCGCACAAGGAUUCGCUCCACACUACGACGACGUUGACGUCUUUAUCAUCCAACUGGAAGGUAAAAAAGUAUGGAGAUUAUAUCCACCAAGAAGUGAACAAGAAGUUUUAGCAAAGAAAUCAAGUGAUAAUUUUGAACAAGAAGAAAUUGGAGAACCAAUCGUUGAGGUUACUUUGGAAGCUGGUGAUGUUAUGUAUUUCCCAAGAGGUGUUAUUCAUCAAGCUUAUAGUCCAGAGGAUGUACAUUCAUUGCAUAUCACCAUUUCGACAUAUAUGAAUAAUACUUGGGGUGAUUUGAUUGGAAAGGUGUUGACACGUGCACUCGACAUUGCCAACGAUGAGUAUGUUGAGUUCCGUGAGGGACUGCCACGUGACUACACUCAGUUCCUCGGUGUGAUGCACUCUGAUAAAGCGGGUGACGAACGUCGUAAGGAGCUGUUGGACAAGGUUGGAACACUCUGGGAGAAGCUCGGUCAGUGUUUGCCAACCGAUGUCGGUGCCGAUUUGAUGGCCGUAAAAUUCUUGCACGAUUCGCUGCCACCCGUUUUCAAUCAACUCGAAAAGAAACACUCGAUCGAAGACGACAAUGCAGCGAGCGAAUUGAAGUUGGAGAGUCGUGUGCGUUUGAUUCGUCAGGACUCGAUUAGAAUUGUUCAUGAAGACAUUGCAGUGUGCUACCACAACAUGGACAACACAAGAGUCUAUCACCAAGUUGGAACGGAGCCUGGUGUCAUUGAAUUCACAUUGGAGUGUGUCGAUGCCAUCGAACACCUGAUCGACUCUUACCCAACUUAUAUUUCCAUCAAAGAUCUUCCAGCAGAAUCCGAUCUACAGAAAUUGGACGUUGCAAAUGCACUUUAUGAAAAAGGUUUAUUAAUGAUUGAAAAAUAA